GGAGGCGGAGGCGGAGGGAGGAGGAAGCCCCGUCGCGGCCUCCGCCGCCGCCAACGGGGCUGUCCCUGUACCUCCCGAUGGAGUUUGAGGCCGUGAAGCCGCCGCCGAGCUCUGCCCCGGCGAGACGAGGCGCCUCCGUCGCCGAGCCGCGCGGUCGCGGGGCUCCCGGGAGCGGCCCUUAGCGACCCCGCCCGGUCCCCCUCAGCUUACAAAACACUACCCAGCAAAAUAAUGAUCUGCUAGACUGCUAACCCGAGCAUCCAGCUUCCACAAUGCCUGUGCAGGCAGCUCAAUGGACAGAAUUUCUGUCCUGUCCAAUCUGCUAUAAUGAAUUUGAUGAGAAUGUGCACAAACCCAUCAGUUUAGGUUGUUCACACACUGUUUGCAAGACCUGCUUGAAUAAACUUCACCGAAAAGCUUGUCCUUUUGAUCAGACUGCCAUCAACACAGACAUUGAUGUGCUUCCUGUCAACUUCGCACUUCUCCAGUUAGUUGGAGCCCAGGUACCAGAUCAUCAAUCAGUAAAGUUAAGUAAUUUAGGUGAGAACAAACACUAUGAGGUUGCAAAGAAAUGUGUUGAGGAUUUGGCACUCUACUUAAAACCACUAAGUGGAGGUAAAGGUGUAGCUAGUUUGAACCAGAGUGCACUGAGCCGUCCAAUGCAAAGGAAACUGGUGACACUUGUAAACUGUCAACUGGUGGAGGAAGAAGGUCGUGUAAGAGCCAUACGAGCAGCCCGUUCACUUGGAGAAAGAACUGUAACGGAACUAAUAUUACAGCACCAGAACCCUCAGCAAUUGUCUGCCAACUUAUGGGCUGCUGUCAGGGCUCGAGGAUGCCAGUUUCUAGGGCCAGCUAUGCAAGAAGAGGCCUUGAAGCUGGUGUUGCUGGCAUUAGAAGAUGGUUCUGCUCUCUCAAGGAAAGUUCUGGUACUUUUUGUUGUGCAAAGACUAGAACCAAGAUUUCCUCAGGCAUCAAAAACAAGUAUUGGUCAUGUUGUGCAACUACUGUAUCGAGCUUCUUGUUUUAAGGUUACCAAAAGGGAUGAAGACUCUUCCCUGAUGCAGCUAAAGGAGGAAUUUCGGAGUUAUGAGGCUUUACGCAGAGAACAUGAUGCCCAAAUUGUUCAUAUUGCUAUGGAAGCAGGACUCCGUAUUUCACCUGAGCAGUGGUCUUCACUUCUAUAUGGUGACUUGGCGCAUAAAUCACACAUGCAGUCUAUCAUUGAUAAGCUGCAGUCUCCAGAAUCAUUUGCAAAGAGUGUUCAGGAAUUGACAAUUGUUUUGCAACGAACAGGUGACCCAGCUAACUUAAAUAGGCUGAGGCCUCAUUUAGAGCUUCUUGCAAACAUAGACCCUAAUCCAGAUGCUGUUUCACCAACUUGGGAGCAGCUAGAAAAUGCAAUGGUAGCUGUUAAAACAGUGGUUCAUGGCCUUGUGGACUUCAUACAAAAUUAUAGUAGAAAAGGCCAUGAGACACCUCAGCCUCAGCCAAACAGCAAAUAUAAGACUAGCAUGUGCCGAGAUUUGCGACAGCAAGGAGGGUGUCCACGAGGAACAAAUUGUACUUUUGCCCAUUCUCAGGAAGAGCUUGAAAAGUAUCGAUUAAGGAACAAAAAGAUCAAUGCAACUGUAAGAACGUUUCCUCUUCUAAAUAAAGUUGGUGUAAACAACACUGUCACAACCACAGCCGGAAAUGUCAUUUCUGUCAUAGGAAGUACUGAAACAACGGGGAAAAUUGUUCCAAGUACAAACGGAAUUUCAAAUGCAGAAAACAGUGUUUCCCAGCUAAUUCCACGUAGUGCUGACAGUACAUUAAGAGCUCUGGAGACUGUGAAGAAAGUGGGGAAGGUUGGCACUAAUGGUCAGAAUGCUGCUGGGCCUUCUGCAGAGUCUGUAACUGAAAAUAAAAUUGGUUCUCCACCCAAGACUCCUGUAAGUAAUAUAGCGGCUACCUCAGCUGGGCCCACUAAUGUUGGAACAGAGCUGAAUUCUGUGCCUCCAAAAUCCAGCCCAUUUAUAACUAGAGUACCAGUAUAUCCUCAGCAUUCUGAAAACAUUCAGUAUUUUCAAGAUCCAAGGACUCAGAUACCCUUCGAAGUCCCACAGUACCCACAGACAGGAUACUACCCACCACCUCCAACAGUACCAGCUGGUGUGGCUCCCUGUGUUCCUCGCUUUGUGAGGUCCAAUAAUGUUCCAGAGUCCUCCCUCCCACCGGCUUCCAUGCCAUAUGCUGAUCAUUACAGUACAUUUUCGCCUCGAGAUCGAAUGAAUUCUUCUCCUUACCAACCUCCUCCUCCGCAGCCGUAUGGACCAGUUCCUCCAGUACCUUCUGGAAUGUAUGCUCCUGUGUACGACAGCAGGCGCAUCUGGCGCCCACCUAUGUACCAACGAGAUGACAUUAUUAGAAGCAAUUCUUUACCUCCAAUGGAUGUGAUGCACUCGUCUGUGUAUCAGACGUCUUUGCGGGAAAGAUAUAACUCAUUAGAUGGGUAUUAUUCAGUGGCUUGUCAGCCACCAAGUGAGCCAAGGACAACUGUGCCUUUACCAAGGGAACCUUGUGGUCAUUUGAAGACCAGUUGCGAGGAGCAGAUAAGAAGAAAGCCAGAGCAGUGGGCACAGUACCACACUCAGAAAGCACCUCUUGUCUCUUCAACUCUUCCUGUGGCAACACAGUCACCAACGCCACCUUCUCCUCUAUUCAGUGUAGACUUUCGCACUGAUUUCUCUGAAAGUGUGAGUGGCACAAAAUUUGAAGAAGAUCAUCUUUCCCAUUAUUCCCCCUGGUCUUGUGGCACCAUAGGUUCCUGUAUAAAUGCUAUCGAUUCAGAGCCCAGAGAUGUAAUUGCUAAUUCAAAUGCUGUGUUAAUGGACCUGGACAGUGGAGAUGUUAAGAGAAGAGUGCAUUUAUUUGAAACUCAGAGAAGGACAAAAGAAGAAGAUCCAAUAAUUCCUUUUAGUGAUGGACCUAUCAUCUCAAAAUGGGGUGCAAUUUCUAGAUCUUCCCGUACAGGUUACCAUACCACGGAUCCUGUCCAGGCCACUGCUUCCCAAGGAAGUGCGACUAAGCCUAUCAGCGUAUCAGAUUAUGUCCCUUAUGUCAAUGCUGUUGAUUCAAGAUGGAGUUCAUAUGGUAAUGAAGCUACAUCAUCAGCACAUUAUAUUGAACGGGACAGAUUCAUUGUUACCGAUUUAUCUGGUCAUAGAAAGCAUUCCAGUACUGGAGACCUUUUGAGCAUUGAACUUCAGCAGGCCAAGAGUAACUCGUUGCUUCUUCAGAGGGAGGCCAAUGCUCUGGCCAUGCAACAGAAGUGGAAUUCCCUGGACGAAGGCCGUCACCUUACCUUAAAUCUUCUAAGCAAGGAAAUUGAACUGAGAAAUGGAGAGAGUGAUUAUACAGAAGAUGCAGCCGAUACUAAGCCUGAUAGGGAUAUAGAGUUAGAGCUUUCAGCACUUGAUACUGAUGAACCUGAUGGACAAGGUGAACAGAUUGAAGAGAUCCUGGACAUACAGCUUGGUAUCAGUUCUCAAAAUGAUCAGUUACUGAAUGGAACAGCAGUAGAAAAUGGGCAUCCAGUCCAACAACACCAAAAGGAGCCCCUGGAGCAGAAGAGACAGAGUUUAGGUGAAGACCAUGUGAUUCUGGAGGAGCAAAAAACAAUUCUGCCGGUAACUUCUUGCUUUAGUCAGCCACUCCCAGUGUCCAUUAGCAAUGCGAGUUGCCUCCCUCUUGCCACAUCUGUCAGUGUUGGCAACCUCAUUCUGAAAACUCAUGUUAUGUCUGAAGAUAAAAACGACUUUUUGAAACCUGUUGCAAAUGGGAAGAUGGUUAACAGCUGAAAAGAGGUUCAUCUUUCAAAUCUGUGACCAUACCAUGGAAGCAUUUACACUAGCUUUUUAUAUAUAUAAUAUAUAUUAUAUAAUGUAUAUUUUUUUUAAAAAAAAGAUAUUACUGGGGGCAUCCAUUUCCUGUGGACUCUUUGAUACUUCAAGCCCUCUUGCAUUAGCAUUAUGAAAAAAAAAGAAAAUUUACUUUACUAGGGUAACACGUUCACUUUCCAGAAGUGAUUGGAAUUUGGACAUUUAACUUAAGCUUCAAGCAGCUUUUUAUGAGUUUGUAGCAAUCCGGUGCAGUAACUGAGCCAUUUCCUAUUUUAAAUGGCUUCUAUAGAAAAUUAACAACUCAGUUAUUAAACUAGCAGGAUCCUACAAUGAUACAUCUAGUGA